CCUGUCAGAAGAAAAUGGUGACAGUUGGUCCGACAUCAAAAAGAAAAAGUGACCCCGUAUUUUGUCAUAAUUUUAUCAAUUUCCCCGUAAAGUUUCACGUUCAAAAGACAAUUUUAAUCGAGGACUAACUAAAGCCUUGAUGCGGUACAGAAUCUGAAAAAGAUUAAUUCGUAUCAGGCGGCAGUACGUGGAGAAAGUACCGGCAACAACAUGUCGGACGAGGCAUACCCAAAGACACUGUAUGUAGGCAAUCUGGACAUAAGCGUAUCGGAGGACCUGUUGUGCACGUUAUUUUCACAAAUAGGACCGGUAAAGGGAUGCAAAAUCAUCAGGGAACCGGGAAACGAUCCGUACGCGUUCGUCGAGUUCACCAACCAUCAGGCGGCGUCCACGGCCCUAAUCGCGAUGAAUAAACGCGUGUUUUUAGAAAAGGAAAUGAAAGUUAAUUGGGCCACCAGCCCCGGAAAUCAACCGAAAACGGACACGUCGAACCAUCAUCACAUAUUCGUGGGCGACCUGAGCCCCGAAAUCGAGACUGAAACGCUCAGGGAAGCAUUCGCGCCCUUCGGCGAAAUAUCGAACUGCAGGAUCGUCAGGGACCCGCAAACUUUGAAAUCAAAAGGGUACGCCUUCGUAUCAUUUGUUAAAAAGGCCGAGGCUGAGAAUGCCAUACAAGCAAUGAAUGGACAAUGGUUAGGAUCAAGGUCUAUCCGCACCAACUGGUCCACAAGGAAACCCCCACCUCCCAGGCAAGAGAAACCCACAUACAACAAAAAACAAAUAACAUUUGAUGAUGUUUAUAAUCAAACUUCACCAACAAACACUACAGUUUACUGUGGGGGCUUUGCCAGUGGCUUAACCGAGGACUUAGUGACGAAAACCUUCUCCAGAUUCGGAGCCAUCCAAGACAUUAGAGUAUUCAAAGACAAAGGUUACGCCUUUAUCAAGUUUGUCACAAAAGAAAGUGCCACUCAUGCAAUCGAAAGUAUCCAUAACACAGACAUCAACGGGCACACAGUGAAAUGUUUCUGGGGCAAAGAAAAUGGAGGUCUGGGGUCAGAUGUUAAUGCCAUGAAUGCCACUGGGGCCGCAGUAUCUCAAGCUCCACAGUAUUCUUAUGGUUAUGGUACCCAGUACUGGUAUCCGCAGGGAAGCAACUAUGGGACUCCUGGUUAUAUGCAGUAUCCUUACCAGCAAGGGGGUUAUCAGUAUCCGGGAGGUCAGCAGUAUUGCAUGGUGCCUCCACAGGGACAAUAUCCGGGACAGGGAGGUGGUGGUGGUGGUGGUGGACAACAAGGUGGUGUUAAUAUGGUGUACAAAUAUCCUUCUCAGUGAAAGGCAUCGGACAUUUUAGGCUUACUAAUCACCGAUUUUGGCACGUUAGUAAGAUGAUGCCUUAAAAGUUUUCUUUCUUUUUUUUUUCCUUUUUUUUUGUUUUUUAAUUUCAAAAGGUUUUUUACUGAAAAGUAAAAAGGCUUUUCAUAAUUUUGACAAGUAUAUACGUUCGAUUAUAUAGUUGACAAAUUAGUAAGUAAAUAAUAAUUAUAGUUUAAAAUUCCAUAAUAUGGUAUAACUGUAGUUUUGUAAAUAAAUUCUUAAGAAGGAUAAACAUGUAACAGUGUUUAAGGUAUGCCGUUAUAGUUAAAGCGAGAGGAAGAUCCAUGGAGUAUUUACACUAAUAAAUCCUAUUUUUUAUUAUAUCGCCAUUUUAUCACCCUUCUGGAUUUUCCCUCUCUAUGGUGUGAUAUGUUUUUUUUUUGAAUCAGUUUUUGGCAUAAGGCUCAGACCAAAAUAAACCAAGAAACUGUCUAUAUAACUAGA